CUUACUACCAUAUUGUCUUCCAAACCGUCCAGCAAAACUUUCUUUUGUUUUUUUUUUCAGAUACAUACACAAACAUUAAAACGGGUAUCUUUUGGCAUUUCUUAUUGAUUAAUAAUUCUUUUGGCAGUUUAUAAAAAAAGAAAAAGAACGUCUUAUUAUGCUAAAAUUCUCUUCAUCUUUCAUGGCGUUAAAAUUCUCUCAGAUUCUCUUUGUAGUUCUUUGGCUCUCUCUCUUUGUCCUCCUCUUCCACCACAUGAACUCCUUCAACCUCCACCGUAUCUACUCUCUAAAUGUGGAGGAGCCGUCAAUGUCAAAGCACCAUCACAACCAUCUCUACACCAUUAAUAGAUUAGUCAGCAGAAAAGCUCUCUCCCACACAUUUGACUUCACACCUUUCCAACACCAAAACAACAACCACCAUCAUCAUCGUUCACACGGCGGCGAUGAGAUCGAUCCUCGUUAUGGAGUGGAGAAACGCCGUGUUCCCUCCGGACCUAAUCCGUUGCAUCAUUGAUGGAAUACGAUGACACGUACUGCUUGGUUUGAGUGGUAACAUAUAAGCUAAAGAUCAAAUUUUACCUAGCUUGUUGUCUGCAAGGGGAAACUUAGAUAUUAGAGUUUUUGUUUUUGUUUUCUAAAUACGUUCUUACAAUUUGCGUAUUGAUAUGCUUGAUACAUUUUUUUGUCUUAUCACAGUAAACAAGGAUAUUUUAGCUUUUUUUUUUAACUUGCUUUUAUCGGUAAAUAUGUUAAUUUACUCAAGAAAUUGACAUCUUGAUUAGAUUGUGGAGGACGUAAAAGUUUUAUUGUUUGGUUUGUUUUGUUAACUGUUAUGUAUAUUGGUUAUUAAUUAAGAAAAUAAAUUGACACAUAUUGGUCGUUCUUUAUAAUGAUGGAUGUUU